AUGGGGCCGCUGCCAGAUCAUAUCAUUGAGCUGUGCAAGAAUUGCAAGGCUAAGAACCAAAAGGACCAAGAGCUGAUCAACUGGGCUAAUGAGACGCUUCGAGGAGUGCCAAAAGGAAACGAGGAGUGGGAGAGAGGUAUCAGUGGUAUGUUGUAUGAUUCUGCCGAGCCUGAUCUGCUCUUCAAGAGGUUUUUAGCCAAUGACAAAACUGUAGAGUACGGUGAAAUCAAGGCCAAAGACCACAAGGAUGCCCAAUCAUACAAUGAUGCUCGUUCGAAAUUUAUGAGAGAUGUUGUUGGCCACCUUGGGUCUAACUCUUGUUUUGAGUACCCAUUUUUCUUUGAUUAUGGAUUCAACACCUACAUUGGGGACAAUUUCUUUGCCAACUUCAAUUUGACUAUCUUGGAUUGUAGUAUUGUUAAGAUUGGAAACGGCGUCAUGUGUGGUCCGAAUGUUUCCAUCAUUACUGCUACACAUCCAUUAGACCCGACCCUUAGAAAAUCGCUCGUCGAAUACGCACUCCCUAUUACAAUUGAGGACAACGUAUGGCUUAGCAGUAACUGCGUGGUACUGCCUGGUGUCACCGUUGGAAAAGGGAGUAUUGUUGCAGCUGGGGCAGUUGUGUCAAAAGAUGUUCCUCCGUACACUGUUGUUGCUGGAGUCCCUGCCAAAGUUGUCAAGAGUCUUGAAAAGGAGCAGGAUGGAGCAGAGCUGGAGGAUAUACUCGCUUUUACUAGAUAG